GGGAAGGUCACGGUCUAUUGAAAACCAGAACAGGCCCUCGACCUGGUGAAGCCUUCAAAAAGUUUCAUGGUCGCGAACGCGAUGAGAUGAUUACACCUUGUGAGUUAGGGGUGCUUCACGCAGAAAAGAACCUGCUUUCUCGCUUCAACCUGCUCGCUCAUCAUCUUCCUAAUUUGGUGAAGCUGAACCUGAAGAGCAAUCGGCUACAAGGGUCUUUUCCGUCAGCUGCAGGUGGUGGUCUGCAACUGUGGCCGGCGCUUGUCGAACUCGAACUGGAUGGAAAUUCUUUAUCCACACUGAAUAUUUCGGUGUUUCCACAUUUGCGUGUGUGCUCAGCGGCACGGAACCAGCUUACGAGUAUCUGCAGUGCCUCGGAGAUCACUAAGAAUUAUGGCUAGGAGUAGUGGUUUUUCAAUCUGAGCUAGGCCAAACGAAAAGCCUGAAUUUCGAGAGACUGCCUCGGGAUAGUUUGUCGAACCAGAAUGGUGAAAUACGACUGCGUCUAAAGAGCUGACGUCGCUGGGCGGGAACAUCCGACGGGAUUGACGGCAACCCUCGAGUACCUGGAUACCUUGCAGUUGGCGCACAACAAGCUGCAGAGUUGGCCUCUAGCGUCUACUACAAAUAAAAAAUCCUCUACUGACGUAAAGUCGCUGGAGGGAGGAGUCGUAGCCAAUGGUAGCAUCGUCGCUCCACGGCUCUCAGUUUGUAUUCUGUCAAACAAUAAAUUGCGUGUCUUGCCGGAGGAAAUGGAAUCACACGCACCUUCGCUCCAGACCUUGGAUUUGCAGAACAACGAUUUGGCGCAAUUGCCCUUCGGGCUCGGCUUCUGCACUUCCCUAAAGCGAAUCGUGCUAGAUGGUAAUGCAAUCCGCAGCAUUCGGCCGCAAGUUCUGCAGAGUAGCGCGGAUCAACUGAAAAAGUACCUUCGAGAUCGCGCGCCUGCGCCUCUGCUAGACGCGCAGCAACAUGUACAUGAGAGAAGAGAACCACAUGAAGCGACGCGAAUGGCACCAUACUAUGCCCAGGAUAGCUUUCACACAGCGGAUGUGGGAGGCACUACCAUUUUUAGCGGUGUGGCCAACGACGCCCGUCAACAAAAGGAGAGCUUUGACUCAAACGCAGUCGCGUCUUUCACUCACGAACAGCAAGCUGUCCCGUAUAAAUGUGAAAGUUUAAGUUCUUUAUUCGUAGGACGAGCGGCUGGUACAGACAGGGAGACACUUGAGUUUGUGGAUCAUCCGGACGUGUCGGGCUCGGUAGGCCAGGAAAAUUUCUUGUGUCAGGUGCAACUCGAUGAGAAUGCUCCAGCGUUGGGUAGCCUCCGGAAUUUAGCAGUAGUCAAGUGCAAAUGGUUGUCGUCUCUCAACGAUAAAAGUGCAACCCCCUUAUGUCCUUUGCCGGCAGUCUUCGUUUUUUCAAAAUAUAUCUUGGGAAAGGUUGGAACACCAACCUCCUCUUUUACUGAUGCUCGGUCUUCGUUUUUUCCUCGCAGUAAAAUGAAUAAAUAUGUUUCAGUUUUUUCGACUUUUUUGCUGAUUUUUUCAGCGUUUGGAAGUAUGUUUUUCCUCCUAAGUUGAACGGCGCUCGCAGCAGGCAGAGGCUGUACUAGUUCACUGUUGCGUAUUCCGGGCGUUCAUUUGCACAAUCUGCAGCUCCUGGAUCUGUCGCGUAAUUUCCUGACUGCACUGCCAGAUGUAUCCGAAGUGAAGCGUUUGCACGAGUUGCGGAUGGCUCAGAAUCGCAUCACAAUGUUGGAUUGUUCUCAUUUUUACGAGCGUUGUCCGCAGAGUCUUCGUGUUUUGGACAUUUCGAAUAACCAGAUAACAACUGUCGAAAACGCGGGGACAUUUGUGGCGCGCGGAUCUGAUGUUUCUCAGAUACAGAUUAAGGCCGCUCUGGUAAAUUGCCUCUUCUAGUUUAUUUAAGAAAUGCAUCCCUCUCCCUCACGACUUCUCAAACGAUUGGAUAGGCUGGUGUAGUUGCGUUUCGCGGUGAGUUGUAUCUGCUUGCAUAUUGCUUUACGUGUGGUACUACUGAUUUUUUGAGAUACAAUGCCGUGCUCGUUGUCGUACGUUCAUUAGGUGCUAGGAAGAGCAGCACGCAUGGAUGACUGAGUCUGAGAAAUACUCCCCGAUUGUGUAAUAUCUGAGGCCUUUCGGAGCCUGAUGGUAGUUUCUUCUUUACUCAGCUGGGGUUGUGAUUGUCAACCAAUCAUCGGUGAACGUGAAGACAUUCAGUGUCUACAAUUCUAAUCUACCGCUUUUUCUCCAUAACAACAGUCUGCGCGACCUGCCGGUCGAGUGGGGUAUUAAGGCUCACCAAUUGAAAUCAUUUUUACGAGUCAUUUCUCCUUGUUGUUGUUUCCUUCUUGGGAUUGGGAGAAAUCCAGGCAAGAAGUGCAUUAUUUGGAGCUCUAAGGGUAGCUGGGAGUUGCUGCAGAGCAUUACGCUGGAGGGCAAUAUCUUAUGACUUGGUUUUCAGUAUGGACAUGUUGCUUGGCUUCAUAAAUCUAAGAACCUCAUCAAUAUCAAGCUUUCUGUUGCAAACACAGUGAGACUGAACAAAGGCUUAGUAGCACUAGAAUCAUCCUCGAGCCACCCUCGAUUGAGGAAGGCGGCGAAUUAUCAAACGACCAAGUCUAAGUAUUCUGCGGCGCUAUCCGGAUGCUCGCGUCAAGGGUGUCCCAUUCCUCAAGAAGUACCUGCGCGUGCGGGCCGGCAUCUUGGAUUAAUGUAAAGUUUUUAUUAUUGUGGAUCCAAGCACGUUUCUCACUGUUGUGUUGUUCUUCAUCACUCAUAUUCUAGAUGUUGUUCGAUGAAGAAGGCGAUGGAUGAGAGGAAAUUCGUAGUCAAAUGAAAAUUCUACACAGAAUCAACGAGGGGUUUUAUUUCCCUAAUAAUCUUGCGGGCUUGCUAAUUCUAGUUGACAGAUGCGCGAUAAAGAUUGAAAAUUGCAAUAGUUCUGCUGUUCGUCCAACCUCGAUCGCAAUGUUUGAGCGCGAAUGUUUCUACAGCUAACGGUGUCAGAAGUGCUCACGACAAAUGAUCAUCCAACAGUCACCGC